AUGACCAAGAACAAAAGGAAUAACGGCCGUGCCAAGAAAGGCUGGGGAUAUAUCCAGCCUAUCCGCUGUACCAGCUGUGCCCGCUGUGUCCCCAAGGACAAGGCUAUUAAGAAGUUUGUUAUCCGAAACAUUGUAGAAGCAGCCGCAGUCCGAGAUAUCUCAGAAGCAAGUGUAUUUGAUUCAUAUGUGCUGCCCAAGCUCUAUGUGAAGCUUCACUAUUGUGUUAGCUGUGCCAUCCACAGCAAGGUGGUGAGGAACCGCUCCUGUGAGGCCUGGAGGGACCGUACCCCUCCACCCCGGUUCAGACCUGCUGGUGCUGCACUAAGACCACCCCCUAAACCAAUGUAAAGAGAUGAUUUGAGUGAUGUCAGUUUCUACUAU